AUGAAACUUCAUAGCUUUGUCAUCUUUGUUGUUCUUUUUUCAUCUCUGUCAGUAUUUUCUGAAGGUGUUCCUGGUGGAUGGAGUCCAAUCGAAAACAUCAAAGAUCCACAUGUGUUGGAGAUAGCUCAAUUCGCAGUUACAGCGCAGCAGAAACUAUCUGGUGUCAAACUGAGUCUAGUGGAAGUAAUCAGUGGUGAGACUCAGGUUAUUGCAGGAAUAAACUUUCGUCUUGUAUUAACAGCGCAAGAUGGAUCUGUUACUAAGAAAUAUCAAGCUCAAGUUGUUGAAAAAGAUAACCAUGCCAAAAGCCUCACUUCCUUUAAGUCUCUUCCUUGA